AUGCGGACUCUCGAAGACGAGAUCAGGUCUGCGUCUACGUCGACCGUCCUCACUCUCUUCCCAGACAUCUGUCCAGACUAUCUGAAAGAGAAGAGCGAGGAGCUGGCCUACGACCACGAGUCAAUCGUCGGGCACAUCCUGGACCAGGUGGAAAAAGGCUUCCCGUACCCGAAGCGUGCUGGUUUGAAGCGAAAACGACAGUCCAGCAGCAGCGGCCACAGCCUAGAUGAGGAGCAUCAGAAGAAGAUCCAGGAGGACGAAGCCGUCCUCAAAUUCAACAGCGAUGACCGCCGCCAGCUGAAGAAGCCUGCGGAGUAUGUGCAGAUAUCCAAGACGCUUAUCCAGCAGAUGUUCGUCUUUGUCCCACAAAAAGACAUCGCAACCAUUCUCGGCACUCACGGCAAUUGUCUCUUCCCUGCGAUUUUGGAGCUGGAAGCGACAAUGGCAGAGACCUCGCCCGAGGCCUUGCCGUUCAAGCUGAAAAAGACCAAGACCAAGAAGCUGCCAGAGUAUUCCCCAGAAAGCCUAGACGGGACCAUUCUCGUCACCAGGUCGGCCCCGAAGAAAGAUGCAUUGGAGGAGUAUCGCGCUGCUGUGGCCAUCUGCCAGCAGCGGGAGGAGAAGCGGAAACAGCGAAAGCAGCUCGAUUUGGAAGAGGAACGGAACUUUCAGAACGCCCAGACCGAAGGCACCAUAAAAGAUUGCGAGUGUUGUUAUGGCGAGUUCGCCUUGAAUCGCAUGAUUCACUGCGAUGGAACCUUGUUUCAUUGGUUCUGUAGAGGCUGCUCUCGGCGCAUGGCCGAGAACCAGAUCGGACUCUCCAAGUACUCCCUCGCCUGCAUGUCCACCGACGGCUGCAAGUCCGGCUUUUCCCGCGACCAGCAGAAGCUGUUCCUGGACGAGAAAACGCGGAUUGCCCUGGAGCGCAUUGAGCAGGAGCACAUUCUGCGAAUUGCCGGCAUCGAGAACCUGGAAACAUGUCCGUUCUGUCCUUUUGCUGCCGAAUACCCCCCUGCCGAGAUCAACAAGGAGUUCCAGUGUCAGAAUCCUACGUGCGAAGAAGUCAGCUGCCGCCUGUGCCGCAAGGCAACGCACAUUCCCAAAACCUGCGCCGAGGCAGAACGGGAAAGCGGGCCGUCCGCGCGCCUUACUAUAGAAGAAGCCAUGUCGGCAGCCCUGAUUCGAUCUUGCAAUAUGUGCCGUACGCCAUUUAUCAAGGAGCUUGGCUGCAACAAGAUGUCCUGCUCACGACCCGGCUGCAGCAAUGUGCAAUGCUACGUUUGUCACAAGUCGUGCGACUACGCCCAUUUUGACGACACGACCCGUGGAGGAAAGAAGGGCAACUGUCCGCUCUUCGAGAGCGCCGAGCAGCGCCACGCGGACGAGGUGCAGGCGGCUGAAGAGGCCGCUCGGAAAGAGGUGGCCUCCAAGAACCCAGAUAUUGAUGUUAAUCUGCUCAAGAUCAGGCUGUCGGACAGGGUACUCGCCGACGAGAAGAGGCGUAGGGAGGCGGACGGAGGACGACGACAUUGA